UCCUUGUGUGACUAAGACAGUAAGUAGACAGAAGGAGGGCUAAUUAAAGUUGUAACAUCUGCCUUCUGAGCUCUAAAUGUGUCUACAGGCUACAAGCAUCUUUCGCUCCACUUCCCCCGCUCCUAUUUCAAAGGAGGAAAGAUAAAUAAGGUAUCCGCCUGCUCCCAAACAAUGCAACUAAUCUUCAGCAAGUGGCAUCAUCAUGAUUACCAUAACCAAUGAGUAUACUGUAGCUGGGUGCUCUAAAAUAUUCAUAGCAUCUUCUUCCAGCUAAACUUCCACAGCUGGUGUUGGAGGAGAGGAGGAGAAACUGAAGAGGGUGGGAGGUCUGGACUGGAGCACGUAGCCUGCUUACAAAUUAACACCACAACCAAACUCGGACAGCGUGAGUGAGUUCCUCCUCGUCCUCCUCUCUCCGUCGCACCGCUCUGCCUCCCCCCCUCGUCUCAUGUGCCAUCUCCUCGCUCGGAUCGGUCUGCGGUCUCCACUUUCAACGGUUCCGCGUCCCCGCCGCGUUGAUGCCGCUUCUGCUCCCACUUCUUGAACGACUUCCCCGGCAUCUCCCGCACACAGCCGGAGCCUGACCGAGCAGCAGGAGCAGCAGCAUCAGUAGCAGCAGCGGCAGCAGCAGCAGCAGCAGCCCUGCACGGCUCUCUGCCCCCGCUGCUGUGUUAAAAGAUAAAAAAACCGACAACGGCAGACCCCGACACUGCGGGGAGGUGACAGAUCCAGAUCCAGAUCCAGAUCGAACCUCUGCGACGACCAGCCGAGGGACGGAGGUAUCAGCCAUGCCAGAUCUGCACGGAGGAGCAAAUCUUGAUAAGUAUGAGCCGGGGGUUAUUUAUUAUUAUUUUUUGUUCCAACAAACUCGGGGCUGCUUGGUGUGGCAGUGGCGAUGACUUUCCUCUCGAUGAGCCUUCCCCUGGAGCCUGACUGUAUCCAAACACCCGGACUGUAAGAAUCAGACUUUAUCACCGAGUCCGGCUCAUCAGCGACUAUAAAACAGACUUUAUUGGCCACCGACGGCGCUUCUACUUGGGAAGAUAAACACAUUACCUGCUGUAAAUCAAGCCAGGAGGAUCGAGCCCAAGUGCAAGACGAAUGGUUUGGGCAUGGUGCCCACGCCCCAGGUGUGCGUAUCAACCCUGGUCACGGUGAGCACGAUGGCAGUGGUGGACCUCUACCUGCUGGAGCAGAGCAUGCUGGGGGCUCAUGGUCUUCCCGGACCGAGCGUCUGGCAGUGUGCGGUGGUGUUGCUAGGCGAUGUGGGCUUUCUGCUCGCUCUGCGCUUCGUGUCGGCCGGCGUGGUGUCAGAGGUGCGGUCGCCACGCCGCGGUUUUGCCAACGCCCUCUGGUUCCUGUUCCUGUCCCUUCUCCAGCUCAAGCUCUUCUUCGUCUGCCACAACUACAGGCAGGAACACCGGCCGCCCGACCCGCUGGCCAGGAAGACCCUGACGCUGCUGCUGUCCAUCUGCCUGCCCUCCCUGUUCCUAAUCCUGACGGGAGCUGACCACAUGACCCCUCAGCGCAGGAAGCAGGAGGUGCGGGGCCGGCUGCUGUGGGUGGUCGUGGACCUGCUGGACGUGCUGGACCUGCAGGCGGGGCUGUGGGAAGUCCAAGGAGGGGUCACAGCGGGGACCGGAGGGAUCGUUGAGCAGAAGCUGCCCAUCUGGGCCGAGGGCCUGGUCUUCUUUUACUGCUACGCCCUCCUGCUGCUGCUGCCGUGUGUGGCCCUCACAGAGCUGGGGGCCACCGGCCUGCCAGGACAGAGGGGGCCCCGUAAGGAGGCUUUGUACCCUUGGCUCAGCUUGGUCACUAUCAAUAUCUUCACCCUGGCCCUGAGGGGCACAGGCAUGCUGUGGUACAGGGACCCUCGCGUGUCCACUGUGUUCCUGGGGAAGAACCUGCUGGCUCUGGCUGUGAAGCUGAGCUCAGCCUGGGAGAGACACAAGCAGGAGCGUGCUGCUGCAGGAGCUGGGACUGUGGCUGGAACAGAACCAGGAGAGUCCACCCUGCCAAGCCAGAGCUCGGAGCAGGGAGACGGACAAGCCCAGGGGAAAGCUCCUCCCUCUCAUUAUCACACACUGUCUCGCUCCCAAAGCCACACUCUCUCCCAUGUCAGCCUGGAGCCCGCAGAGACGCCCUUAAGACCCUCUUUCAUCUCCCAUGAACUCUAGAGAGUCUCACACAGUCUGAACAUGCACGCAUGCACAAACGCAUGUACACACACACACACACACACACACACACACACACACACACACACACACACACACACACACACACACACACACACACACACACACACACACACACACACACACACACACACACACACACACACACACACACACACACACACACACACACACACACACACACAGAAAACCAGCCAAGCCAGUAUCACAUCCAAACAGAUAACUUGUAUUGAAUUUCAGUACAACAGUGAUGGCUAUGAUGCAGAGCUGUGGAAAUGCAUUUGGCAAGCUCGGCUUUCUGCACAUUUUGUUGUGCUAAGAAUAACUAAAAAUGCAUUGCUGUGAUUUGUGGGAGUGUAUUUUUAAAUUGAACACUGUGAACACAUCUAUCAGUGUGUAAAGAAUAUUCCAGAAAUGUAAGCUGAAGUCUAGUAAUGUUUAUUGUUCUUCAAUCUGGGCACAACUGCCUCAACUGCCACGAUUUUGCUGAAUUCUGUCCUUCACAAAACAUCUUGACGUUGUAGUUUGAGUUCUUUUUUUUUUUUGACAUUUAAAACUUAAGCUUUAUUUCUCUAUAAAAAUCUGAAGAUACUGAAUUUGAGUAGAGGUGAGGAAAACACACAUUUGCUAUUUGAGUUUAGUUCAUGUGGUUUGUGGGGGAAAAAAAAAAUUACAUCGCAACUCUUCUGCCAUCAGAUGCCAAAAAAAUUAACUGUGACACUUCAGUGUAUAUUUUCUCUGGUACUUCACAGGGAACUUUCACAGAGAUAAUUUUAAUACAGAGGAGGGAUGAUUUAUUUUUUUUUCUUCAGCAGCACAGAGAUGAGAUUUAAAAGCCAUCUAGCAGUAAAACUCACUCUACACUGUGCUCCAGUAUUUCAAUGUAGAGUCUAACCCAGUGGUUCCCAACCUCUUUGGCUUGUGAACCUUUAAAUCAAAGUCUUCUGGUGACCCUGAGUUAUGUUCCUUUCUUCAAUUUUUUAAAAUCUUUUUAGAGGCCUGAAGGUGUCAUCUUGUUUUUCACAAUAUAAAAAUAGAGAGGUUACAGAAUAAUCAGAAAAAUAACCAAUUUGUGUGGCAUAUAGAUGUUAUUUUUCCACAUACACAGCAUUUUUCUUUUCAUAACCUCAUGACCUCCCAGAUUUAUCUUGCGACCCCUGUGAGGGUCAAGUUUGUCCACCACGAGUGCAGCGGCGCCAGAUUUUCAUUCCCACCAAAGGUAACACUGACAGAUUUCACUUAUUACUUCCUCUUGUCAGGCAGAAAGCGUUAAACAGAGGAAGCAGUCGCUGUGCUGUUUGGUUGGAGUGAAAAGCUGCAGACUCACGGGCCUCGUGGUUGACCAUCCCUGCCAAGCUGUGUUUUUGGUCCUAUGACAUCUUUUAUUUGAUUUAAAUGCAGAAUUUAAACAUCAGUUAACUGGGUGGAGAUUUCAGAGAUGCAUACUGUGUCCUCGUGUAUGUUUCAUAUGUGUUCAACUAUUGCUGUUAAAACCAUCCAAUAGAGACUUUAACACAACAAAAUGUGCAUAAUUCAAGAUACCAACUGUUAAUGAGAGUUUCCAUGAAGUAAGUCUUUUAAUGGUAGGGCUAAGAGAUAGGCAAUAAGCAUUUUUGCAUUAUCUGAAUCCUAUUUUAACACAAACUACAGGUCUAUUUUACUGCACUGUUUACAAAGACAGAAUACCAAUGUAAGUAAUCCCUUUACAGUUUCAAAACAUAUUCAAAAUUCAUGUUUUGCCAUCUUUUGUCAUCUGUACUAGUCUCACAGUCUCCUCGGGACAGCUGCCUGUCCCGCCAUCAAAUCCCUUUUUUCACUUUAGAUGAGAGAGUUCACUUUUUAAUCCCAUAUGAAUUAUGGAUGGAGCCUUUUCAUUCACAACCUUGUUAUGAUGUGGGUGUUGUAGUAUGUGGGUGUCGUGGGAUUAUGGGUCAGAGCAGCAGGUGUAGAGGAUGUACAGUACAGUCAAGUGCCUUGUUUCCUCAUGGAGCUACGAGCCUCUGGGUUGUUACGAGGCGAACACGUUAUGUGUACCAUGUGGAACUUGGACAUAUGCCAUGUGUAUACUGUGAAGUUAUUCCACAGCUGUUGUCAGCUACACCUCCAGGACAGAGUGCAAACUAAUAAAGUGUUUCAUACUUGC